AUGUUGUUGGGUGGCUCAUCUGGGCAGUCAGCCCUGCUCUCCCUGCUUUGGGCUGUGGUGGUGUCUUUUUCUUACUCAGCCAUACCCAUAGAUGAGGCACGGAAUGAGCUAUUAAAUAGAGAGAAGAUGGUGCGGCUAGGUGAGCACCUGGUGCUGAGGAAAGAAGAGGAACAAGUCAAUGGGAACCUCAUGACCCUCAAAAAGGCUGAGAUAACAAAGGCCAUGAAGACCCAGGAGUUCCCACCCAGCAUGCACUUCUUCCAUGCCAAGAAACUCAUUGAGAAAAGUGAUGUGUUCCAUAUCCUGAAGAAGAUGCCAAAAGGGGCUGCCUUACACCUCCAUGACUUUGGUAUCUUGGAUGGGGACUGGUUAGUGAAAAAUGUCACCUACAGGCAACACUGCUAUAUCUGUUUCAAUCCAAGUGGGACCUUGCAGUUCAGAUUUGCUCACUCAACUCCCUCCAACAAUAAGCAGGACAACAGUUCAAAGUGGAUCCUGCUGGAGAAUUAUAGAAGAGAGUUGCAGAAUGUUACUGAGUUUGACAAUAGCCUGCUGAAAACUUUCACUCUGGUGACGGAGAACCCUGAGGUGACUUAUGCGGAUCAACAUGACAUUUGGGCAAAGUUUGACACCAUCUUCCACACAGUCUCUGGCCUUGUCCAUUAUGCACCAGUGUUCAGAGACUACAUCUUCCGGAGCCUGGAGGAGUUCUUCCUGGACAAUGUGAUGUACCUGGAGCUCAGAGCCAUGCUGCUUCCGGUGUACGAACUGAAUGGGGAGACCCACGAUAAAGAAUGGAGUGUGAGGACUUACAAGGAAGUGGCUGAGCUAUUUGCAAAGGAUCAUCCUGAAUUUAUUGGACUCAAACUCAUUUAUUCAGACAACAGAUCCAAAGAUGUAUCUCUCAUCAAAGAAUCCAUCCAAACCGCCAUGGCACUUCAUACCUCUUUCCCCAAGACGGUGGCAGGGUUUGACCUGGUGGGACGUGAGGACACUGGCCACACCUUGUAUGAUUACAGGGAGGCUUUGCUGAUUCCAACCAUGGAAGGUGUUAAACUACCAUAUUUUUUACAUGCUGGAGAGACAGACUGGCAGGGUACUUCCAUAGACAAUAACCUUCUGGAUGCCCUGAUACUGAACUCCACCAGGAUUGGACAUGGAUUUGCUUUAAGCAAACACCCAGCAGUCAUGGAAGAUUUACGGAAGAGAGACAUCCCCAUAGAAGUCUGUCCCAUUUCCAACCAGGUUCUAAAGCUGGUGACAGACCUGAGAAACCACCCUGCAGUUGCAUUCAUGGCCAUUGGGUACCCCAUGGUGAUCAGUUCUGAUGAUCCAGGCUUCUUUGGUGCUAAAGGCUUGACCCAUGAUUUCUAUGAGGCCUUCAUGGGCAUUGGCGGGAUGAAUGCUGACCUGAGGACACUCAAACAGCUGGCUAUUAACUCUUUCAAGUACAGUUCCUUAUCAUCAUCUGAGAAAAAGACUGCCCUACAGACCUGGGAGAAGGAAUGGGAUACGUUUAUAGAUAACCUAGUCAAGAAGUAA